GCUAGCUUCCUCGCUGUCCUUCCGCCUCCUCUCCCGACCGUGGCUUCCUCGGUUCUGCCGCCUUCCGUGCCUCCUGAGUUCCGUGUCCAGAUGCUUCCCAAGCGGCGGCGAGUGCGGGCCGAGUCCCCACACCGCGCUGUUGCUUCCUCCACGCCGCCGCCGGCCCGCUUCCCGGGGGUGGCCAUCUACCUGGUCGAGCCGCGCAUGGGCCGCAGUCGCCGGGCCUUUCUCACUCGCCUGGCGCGGUCCAAAGGCUUCCGCAUCCUAGAUGCCUACAGCUCAGAGGUGACCCAUGUGGUGAUGGAGCAGACCUCAGCCAAGGAGGCCACCUGCUGGCAGAAGAAUAUGGCUGCUCAUCACCCAGGCGGCCCCCAGCCAGUUCUGCUGGACAUCAGCUGGUUUACAGAGAGCAUGGCAGCUGGGCAGCCUGUCCCUGAGGAGGUCCGGCACCGCCUGGAGAUAGCGGAACCCAGGAAGGAGCCCCCAGGCUCAGUGAUGAUGCCAACUUAUGCCUGUCAACGUCCCACGCCUCUUACACACCACAAUACUACCCUCUCAGAGGCUCUGGAGACGCUGGCAGAGGCAGCAGGUUUUGAAGGCAAUGAGGGCCAUCUCCUCUCCUUCUGCAGAGCAGCCUCGGUGCUCAAGUCCCUUCCCUGGCCUGUCACAUCCAUGAGCCAGCUGCAGGGGCUGCCCCACUUUGGAGGACAUUCCUCUAGAGUAAUCCAGGAGCUGCUGGAACAUGGAACUUGUGAGGAGGUGGAGCAAGUCCGCUGCUCAGAAAGGCACCAGACCAUGAAGCUCUUCACCCAAGUCUUUGGGGUUGGUGUGAAGACUGCCAGCCGGUGGUACCAGGAAGGACUCCGAACCCUGGAUGAGCUCAGAGAGCGGCCCCAGAAACUGACCAAACAGCAGAAAGCAGGGCUCCAGUACUACCAGGACCUGAGCACCCCAGUUGGGCGAGCCGAUGCCGAGGCUCUGCAGCAGUUGGUGGAGGCGGCCGUGAGUCAGACUCCGCCUGGAGCCACUGUCACGCUGACUGGUGGUUUCCGGAGGGGGAAGUUACAAGGUCAUGAUGUGGACUUCCUGAUCACUCACCCCGAGGAGGGCCAGGAAGUGGGGCUGCUACCCAGAGUGAUAAGCCACCUACAGAGCCAGGGACUGGUCCUGUAUCACCAGCACCAUCGCAGCCACUUAGACUCUGCCCACCUCCUGCGGCAGAACUACAACAUGGACGCUUUUGAGAGGACUUUCUGCAUCUUGUCCUUGCCCCAACCCCCACGUGCAGCUUUAGAGGGGCCCCUACAUCCCUGUCCAACCUGGAAAGCUGUGAGGGUAGAUCUUGUGGUCACCCCCAACAGCCAGUUCCCCUUCGCUCUUCUUGGUUGGACUGGCUCCCAGCUCUUUGAGCGUGAGCUGCGGCGUUUCAGUCGGCAAGAGAAGGGGCUGUGGCUGAACAGCCACGGGCUGUUUGAUCCUGAACAGAAGACAUUUUUUCAUGCAACUUCUGAGGAAGACAUUUUCAGACUCCUGGGUCUCAAGUACCUUCCUCCAGAGCAGAGAAAUGCCUGAUCUUGCCCGCUGGCCACCACACCCACCCACAAAAAUGAGGGGUUUCCUCAUGUUUGACCAGGGAUGUUUCUAGACAGAAGGUGGACUGCCACCCCAUAGCCUCGCCUGUGCUAAUGGAAUUUUCAGCUGCGGGCACAUUGGCAAGAUGUUGCCCUGAGUCAGCUUUCAGCGUCGCACUCCUCAGGGUCAGGGGCUCUGAGCAGUCCGUACAUCAUGGAACUAUGGCCGUCUGACGUCUUGGUUCUGGUCCUGGUGUGAGCACUUGGUCUAUCCAGCCGUGGCUGCCGUCUGCAGCAGGGUACCCUGUUCGGUGUGCUAGAAAAGAGACACGUGUCCCUGCCCCAUUCUUGAGCUGAUACAGGAAAUACCAUUCUGGCUGUGAGGUGUUACACAGAGCAAGAAUCCUGACUGAGGGCUGUGCUGCGUGUCUAGAGGAAGAAGUGACCUAGGAAGGAAACCUCCUGUACUGGGGCUAUCGGGCACCACCACCCACAGAGCUGGGCAUCAGACUUCAUUAGCAGCACAGCCCCAGAGUUAGCACCCACAUUCCUCCUCUUCCACUCCUCCACACUCCAGCCUGAGCUGAGCCAGGCCUGCCCACCCACAGUCUCCUGUGCAUCCACAGUUCCAGCAGUGACGUCUGGGAGGGCUGGUUCUUCGGACAGACAGUGCAGCCCAACCUGGCAGCGGUACUGAAAACCAGCAAGAUCAGUGGGCAGCAGCCGAGGGCUCUUGCCCUCCUGAGUCAUGAGGUGCAGGCUCCCCCGUCCCGUCUCUUCUGACAGCCCUGCAGCAGUCCCAGACCUGCAGUCCUCACGCAGGUCCUGUGGCUCUGGCAUUUCUGUCAUCUCUUCCAGUGUCGGCUGUGUUACUUUCCCAUUUCACUUCCCAUCCCUGUUUGCAGACCCUGUGUGACCAACCACAUCCCCUUCUCUGAGGCAGACAUACUGAAGUGCUCUCUAGUUCCUCAUCCCAGGCACCUCUGGCUCACAAGGUCCUCACCCACUGUCCUAGUGCCCACUCUUGCUGCCUUCUUCAGGGCCUGACAGAGGAGAGCCUCCUAGAUCAACCACGGCAUUGGCAAGCAUUUUAAAGAUUACCAUUCAAUAAAGUGCAUUCUUAACGGAGUAUAAGCGAGGCUUAGCCCAACUCACGCAUUUGGCUUUGUCCCUACAAAUGGGUCACAGAUGUGCAAACUAGACUUUGUGUCAGCCAUUGUCGGUCUGGGUUAGCAAGUGCUCUUGGGGCCCCUGCAGUUGUUACAUAUAUCAAGCUUAGUUCUCUGGUGCUACACGCUGUGAGCAUUCCACUGUCCACCCGGGUCCUGAAGGUCCACCCUGGCUUUGUGACUGUGACUAGGACUGCUAUGGGCACGCAUGUAAGUGUAUCUGUGAACAGUUGCUGGGGUAACAUACCCACGGGACAUUGCU